UGGCCUGGCACGCAGGCAGGGUCUCUUGGACGGAGUGCAAAGCUGCAGCCAGCUCUACUUUUCGGAGCCGCCUGUCCAACAACUUCCUACAACACCAGCCUGGCCUGUCACUCCACACACAAACAGGCACAAUGGCGGGCGCAAAGAAGAACUUCAAGGCGACCAAGAAGUUUGAGGCCAAGCACCUCAAGGGCGUCCUCGACCAGCGCAAGUCUGUCGCCAAGCUCAAGCAGCGACAACAGAUCAAGACCAAGAAGCAGGCAAAGCACGCACGCGAUGCCGAGUUCUACAAGGGCGGCGAGGGCGAGGAGGGCGCGGCGCCCAAGCCCAGAAACUCCAAGACGGCCAAUGUCAACGACAUGAGCGUAGACGACUUCUUCGGCGGCGGCUUCGAGAUUAUCGACAAGGCGCAGCCUGGCAAGAAGGGCGCUAAGAAGCAGACCGGCAAGAGGAAACGGGACGAUCCGACCGGGGAUGACGACGAGGAGAGCGACUUUGACAUCUCCGACGUCGAGCAGCCGCAGGCCGACGGCGUCGAGGACUCGGACGAGGAUGCGUCCGACUUUGGCGCCAACGACAUCAACAUGAGCAAGGCGGCCAUGGAGAACCUGGCCAAGGACGAUCCCGAGUUCUACAAGUUCCUGCAAGAAAACGACCCCGACGCGCUGGCAUUUGACGACGACGAUCUAGCAGAGGUUGACGACCUCAGCGGUAGCGACGCUGGCGAGGACGAGGAGCAGCCAAAGAAGAAGAAGCAAAAGAAGGACAAGAAGAAGAAGGCGGCGGAAGAGGACGAUGAGGAGAUGGCUGGUGCUGACGAACUCACUGCGCCAAUGGUGGCCAGGUGGAAGCAGUCCUUGUCGGACAACUACUCUCUCCGCGCCGCGAGACAAGUCGUGCUCGCCUUCCGAUCUGCCGCAUACUUGAACGAGGAGGAUGCCGAGGACCGCAAGCAGAAGUACACGAUUUCAGACCCGACAGUCUUCCACGAGAUCUUGAUGGUGGCUCUCAAGCAAAUCCCAGAGGUUCUCAACCACCAUCUUCCCAUCAAGGAGUCCACGAGCGGCAAGAUCCAGGUUCCUACGGAGAACAAGAAGUUCAAGACAUUGUCCGCCCUGCUGCGGUCCUUUGUUUCUGCCAUCCUUCAUCUCCUCACCACGCUCUCCGACGAUGCGACCCUCAAACUUACCCUCUCCGCACUGGAGCCGCUCGUGCCGUACCUCCUGAGUUUCCGCAAGCUCCUCAAAGCCCUGAUCAAGACGGUCGUGGCUUUCUGGUCGCAGGCCACAAGCAGCGACUCGACAAGAAUUACGGCAUUCCUCGUGAUGAGGAGGCUGGUUGUGAUUGGAGACAAGGGCGUCCGCGAGGCUGUGCUGAAGGUGACAUACCAGGGCCUGCUGGCUGGCGCUCGUGUCACAAACACCAACACGGUGCAGGGCAUCAACCUGAUGAAGAACUCUGCCGCCGAGCUGUGGGGUAUCGACCAGACCAUCGGCUACACGACAGCCUUCAGCUUUAUCCGGCAGUCUGCGAUCCAUCUCCGCAACAGCAUCGUGCACAACCAGAACGACUCGUUCAAGACCGUCUACAACUGGCAAUAUGUUCACUCUCUCGACUUUUGGUCGUGCGUGCUCGCCGAGCACUGCAGCCCGCUCAAGGAAGCCGAGGCCGGACGCGAGUCCCAGCUCAGGCCGCUCAUCUACCCUCUGGUGCAGGUGACCCUGGGAGCGAUGAGACUGAUCCCGACAUCCACCUAUUUCCCCCUCCGCUUCCACCUGAUCCGCUCCCUGCUCAGAUUGUCCCGCUCGACGGGGACGUACAUCCCGCUGGCGUCGGCGCUGCUCGAGGUCCUCAACGCGGCCGAAAUGCGGCACAACCCAAAGGCCACGACCAUGAAGCCCCUCGACUUCGCCGUCAACUACAAGGCGCCCAAGUCGUACCUCCGGACGCGCGUGUACCAGGACGGCAUCGGCGAGCAGGUCGUCGAGCUCUUUGCCGAGUACUUUGUCCUGUGGUCCACCAACAUUGCCUUCCCCGAGUUCGCGCUGCCCGUCAUCAUCACGCUCAAGCGCUGGCUGAAGCAGUCGCGCAAGAAGAGCGGCGGCAACAACAGCAGCAACAACAACAAGCUGCGCACGGGGCUCGUGCUGCUCGUGCAGAAGCUCGAGGCCAACGCCAAGUUCAUCGAGGGCAGGCGCGCCAAGGUCGACUUUGCGCCAAAGGACCGCGCCCAGGUAGACAACUUCCUCAAGGGCUUCGAGUGGGAGAAGACGCCCGUGGGCGCGUACGUCGUCGCGCAGCGCAGGGCGGGCGCCGAGAAGGCCAAGAUGCUCGAGCAGGCGAGGAGGGAGGACAAGAAGAAGCGCAAGGAGGAGGAGCAGGAGGCGCUCGAGGACAGAAUGCCCGAGUCGGAUGACGACGACGAGGAAGAGGAGGAAGAUGACGACGAUGUCGACGAGAUGUCGGAGGAUUCGGAAGACGACGAAGAGUAGAGACAGAGAGUAGAGUUAACUCUGUCUGUCUGAGCGAGAAAAGACUGGAGAGCUGUUGCAUAAUCUGCCUGUAGAUAAAAACAGGCCCCUUGAGUUUGUCCAUGGCGUUAGAAGGGAACAACAAGUACAUUUCGAGUCCGCAAUUCUGAGCCUCUGACCUCAUUCGUUCUUGUCCAUGGCCUACAACUUAUAACUCCCCCAUGUCUUGUCCUUGGCGCGUUUUCGUAGCUAAGCCACACGCAAUCCGAGGCAUAAAUCAAGAUGGGCUGGGGCUUACGAAAUGGACCAUUACGACUAACGAGCU